CUUUCCCCUCUCCUCCACGCUCCCCUCGAUCUCAACAAUGUCUAACGAGACUGGAGAUGCUCUCGUUCUCUCGCAAGACCCGUCCCACCCAGCGAACUUAAUCCCCGAGCUCUGCCGCUCCUUCUACCACCUCGGCUGGGUCACUGGUACAGGCGGCGGCAUCUGCAUCCGUGUCGGCGACAAAGUCUUCAUCGCCCCUUCAGGCGUGCAAAAAGAGCGCAUUGAGCCCGCGCACAUCUUCGUCCUCCCUUUUCCCCAGCCAGACGGCGACCGAGUCUUCCUCCGCAAGCCGACCAUCCCGCUCAAGGAGAGUGCAUGCACCCCGCUCUUCUGGAACGCGUUCGAUCUUCGCAACGCGGGCAGCUGCAUACAUACGCACUCACAGCAUGCGGUAAUGGCCACGCUAUUGUGGCCCGAGAAGGAGUUUAAGAUCUCGCAUCAGGAGAUGAUCAAAGGCGUCCGUAGGGGAGGAAACGGCGCUGCCCUGUCGUAUCUUGACACGCUCGUCGUUCCGAUCAUCGAGAACACACCGCAAGAAGAGGAUCUGCGCGACAGUAUGGAGGCUGCGAUGCGCGAAUACCCGGAAGCCGCGGGUAUUCUCGUGCGUCGGCACGGUGUAUACGUCUGGGGUGAUGAUUGGAAAAAGGCGAAGACGCAGGCUGAGUGCCUCGAUUACCUCUUCGAGAUAGGCGUCAAGAUGAAGCUCGCAGGGUUGCCUGUCAUCCUGAACGAUGAGUAGCCAGCUGCAGGCGUGGAGCGAUUCGCCCAGUUUUUCGGAGCCCGAUGAAAAAAGGGGAACACGCUGAUCAUGAUAAGUUCCUUUGCUUGUUCGCUACGCACUUUAUGCAGAUGCGAUAUUAUUCGGUCCGUCAAUACGUGUUCGCCAAUAGUAGGGUGUUUCCGUUAGCAAAUUCUCUUGCAAGUCGACGGGACAAUCAUCACGUUUUAACGUUUGAAAGCGGUCUCAACUAUCC